UGGUUUUAAAGAAAUGUGUCAAGUGUGGUUUGGGCGAAAAUGUGCGUACUUCAACAGUUGAUUAAUUCAUUUCUUUUGUCAAGGUUGUGUUACUGAUGGUUCUUAGCGGUAAAUAAACUAUUGUGACUUACUUUGUGUUUUGAAGGUGCGUAAAAAUGAACUGAUGCCACCCAACUAUUUUGCGCACAGACGCCCAAUCGGUUUACGUGUUCUGUCAUCUGAAUUUGUUGUUACUUUCUGACCUGCUGCACUUAAACUGUGUGGUUCGAAUAAAUUCCUUCUUGUUUACUGGUCACUCAACAGUUUAAAGUGGAUGUCCGCAAUCAGUCGGUAUUUCCCCUAAUUAAAGGAAGGAAAUGAGAACAAUGAAUAGCAAAAUAAUCUCAGGGGGGUUUCUGAAGUUCAAACAAUGGCUCCAGUUUUUGUAACAAUUGCACAAAGCGUUUCGUGCGUAAUAAUCUGUGGAGGUUUCAAAAGAUUCUGGUGUGAAACACACGUACAUGCACAGGAGAGCGACUCCUGGAUGCAGCUCCAGGUCUAGAGUUUCUCCCCCAGGCCGUCCUCACAGGUUCCACAAACCCAGCCCGGCCCAAACCGCCCCGACUAAGUCCACGAUGUCCCUGGGACACCUCACUAAGGGGGGAAGCUGGGAGGAGCUCAUCCAGGCCUGUUUGCAGUCCUUUGACUCAAAUGGUUGUGUUUGUGGGAGCAGCCACCUGUUGAACAUCAGCCUGACCAUGCACCGUCUCCUCAUCUCCUCCAGUGAGCUGCUGGACAAGCUCAUCACUUUAUUUAAAGUAGCGCUGGACAACGAGCAGCCAAGAGAUUGCCAGAGGAUAUGCUACUUCAUCAGGCACUGGAUCCAGGAAUUCUGGGUGGUGUUCAGGUCGGACCGCAGCUUAUCAGACAGCCUGGAACAGUUCCGGGAGCUGAUCAGAGAGCACGGACAGGAGCAUCUUUGCUCUCUCCUCGAGACCAAAUGGAUAAAUGAACGAGACUGGUCUUGGAAAGCCAGUCAGAAGAUCAAAGCUAACUGCAGUAAAAAGAGGAAGGUCUCUCUUCUUUUUGAUCAUCUGGAGCCCAUUGAGCUGGCUGAGCACCUUACCUACCUGGAAUUCAAAUCCUUCUGCAGGAUAUCAUUUGUAGACUAUCAGAAUUACAUUCGCAGCUGCUGCAUGAAGGACAUCCCCGCGAUGGAGCGUUCCAUAGCACUGUGUAAUGGUAUCUCCCAGUGGGUUCAGCUGAUGGUGCUGAGCAGGCCAACUGCUCAGCUGAGAGCUGAGGUUUUCACCAAAUUUAUCCAUGUGGCCCAGUGUCUACAUCUUAUGCACAAUUACAACACACUAAUGGCAGUGGUCGGAGGGCUGUGUCACAGCUCGAUCUCCAGACUGAAGGACACCACCUCACAUGUACCCGGUGAGGUCACCAAGGUACUGAAUGAAAUGACAGACCUACUGUCCUCCUGUAGAAACUAUGACAACUAUAGACAAGCUUACAAUAAAUGUACAGGUUUUAAAAUCCCUAUCCUGGGUGUCCACCUCAAAGACCUGAUUUCAGUCAAUGAGGCUAUGUCAGACUAUGUGGAGGACAACAAGGUUAAUGUUCAGAAGCUCCAAGCACUCUACAGCCACAUUAAUGAGCUGAUCCAGCUGCAACAGAUCCCCCCCAGGCUGGAAGCUAACAAGGACCUGGUCCAUUUGUUGACGCUGUCCUUGGACCUUUACUACACUGAGGAUGAGAUCUAUGAACUGUCUUACACCAGGGAACCAAAGAACUGUAAAGCACCUCCAGCCACCCCCUCUAGACCUCCAGUGGUUGUGGACUGGGCAUCAGGAGUGGCUCCUAAACCUGACCCCCGAACCAUCAGCAAACAUGUACAGAGAAUGGUGGAUUCCGUGUUUAAGAACUACGAUCACGAACAGAACGGCUUCAUUUCUCAAGGGGAAUUUGAGAAAAUUGCUGCUAGCUUUCCGUUUUCCUUCUGUGUCAUGGACAAAGAGAAGGAGGGCCUCAUCAGCAGAGAGGAGAUCACAGCCUAUUUCAUGCGGGCCAGCGUCAUCUGCUCCAAACUGGGUCUUGGCUUUGUCCAUAACUUCCAGGAAACCACUUACAUGAAACCUACAUUCUGUGACAACUGCUCAGGAUUUUUAUGGGGUGUCAUCAAGCAAGGCUACAGAUGCAAAGACUGCGGGAUGAACUGCCACAAACUGUGCAAGGACCAGGUGGCAUUUGAGUGCAAGAAGAACACCAAAGUGACCAAUGCCGUCGACAGUCCGACACCAAGCUCCACACCUGUCACCACGGGCACCUCGGAGGCGCUACACUCUCCAGGUUCAGAAGAAUGUCCUUUCCCCUAUCCGCCAGAUGACAGCAAAGACUGUAGCCCAGAGUCCCCGAUCACCUCCCACUUGAGGCCCCAGAGGGUCCACAGUGGCACCCAGACAGAGGGACCCCAGCUUUUCUCAGCGUCUCCUGAGGCCAGUCGCUUUCAGCCUUGUUUGCUGGUCCCAGCAGCACCCACCUUCAGCUCGUGUCCCAGUCCUGUGCCCCAGAGAAAACAGCGACACUGUGCCAAGUGGGAAAACAGAGCGUCUGUUGUCCCUAAGGUGCCAGAAGAGGAGAGCAAACCCACCUAUGAAUCUCUGGAAUUAGACAACCAGAGGCUACACCAAGUCAAUGAGACACUACGUAGGAAGUUGAAGGAUGCAGAGCGUGAGGUGGAAAUACUUAAGACACUGCUGAAGAGGCACGCUCUCCACCCUGUGGAGGAGGACUCCUCCUCCUGAACACACAAACACACUGGACCUCCUUCAAGGAGACUGGUGCUGCCCCCUUAUGGCCGCAUGUAUAGAUCUGGAUCCAUUGUUUAAGACAGUGAAUCCAAAAAAAGCCAAUCAGUAUGUCACCAGUAAUAAGGUGUUCUUGUUUUUGUUUUGGUUUUUUUGAAAGCAGCUCCAGCACAUUGUACAGAACAUACAGUAAAAAGGCUAAAAAAACGAUAGUGAUCUAUUUGAUCUAUUGAAUUUCCCUCGGGAUCAAUAAAGUAUCUGUCUAUUUAAAGAUGUUUCAAGUGAGCAGAGAGGGCCUUUUUACUCUAAUGUAAUGUUCACAGAAGAAUGAAAAUCAAUGAAAGGCAAUGAGCAUUACUUACUUUAUGUUUUGAACCAUGAAGAUUAGUUGAAGCUGGAAUGGAGGUAUAUAAACAUAAAAACUAUUAAAUGACAGAGUGCAGUGUUUUAGAGUGAAAAUAGAGCAGCAUGUGUUUGAUCAAUUUUUGAUCACUAACAAGGCGAGAUAUUUAUGUUAAACAUAAAACAGAAAUCAGAGGCUGCAGUAAAAUGUAUGCCGCAAAACAAUAUGUUUAUUGUGUAUAUGACAGGUGCAUUAUCAUCAUUAUUAAUGACGAGGGCCCACUGAUUAUAGCAGCAGAACGAAGGCUGGAGGCCUCAGAUGUAGAGAUUAUCAUUGUCCCUGCUUAUAUCAAUGCGCACAAUGUUUUCAGUGCCAUUGUCUCUAACACUACAGAGCUCAUAUAGAGAGUGACUUAAAUUAACAUUUUGUACAGUAUACUGGUACUUUCAGUGAGUUAUUUAUGCUUGUGUGUGUUGGCACCAUAUUGAUACUUUUUGUUUUCAUUGUGCAUCCAUAUAAUGUUUAUUAUUGUGGGGUCCAUUGUAGCAGUGUCAUACUGUGAAUGGAAGUCAAGAUACAUGUGUUUGUAAUGUGUGUCAUGUAUUGUAAAUACAAAGUAUACACAAGGCCAUCUCAGUUAAGUCAAGGUUGAUCCUUUCUCUCAGUAUUGUUUGCUUAUUGCUAUAAUAAAUACUGUAAAUUCCACAAAAAAA